UCAUCGCCAGACUCUGAAUUUUGGAUCUCCGCGACUCGCACAGAGAAAGACGGAGCAAACCAAAUGGCAUUGGCGGGUACCGCUGAAGCAGAUGAUUGCUCCUUUGUUUGGGACGAGAAAUCUCAGCUCUAUUUCCAUGCCAGUAGUGGAUUUUACCACGACCCGGUUGCUGGUUGGUACUACAGUACUAGGGACCGUCUUUAUUACAUGUUCGAGAACGGAAAUUAUGUGCUUCUGGGGUCUGACAAGAGUGAUGAAGAUGAAGUUAAUCAGAGCAGCGAAACUUGUAAUGAAAAUCCGAGACAGGUUGAGGAACCAUCUGCACUUAGGUGUUCUAGCAGCGAUGCAAAUGGCUCUGCAUUCCAGGGAGAUGAAUCUGAGGCAUACCAAUAUAUAGGAUCUGCUAAUGAUGAACACAAACUAGGUGACACAGAGUGCUCCAAUAGUCAUGCAUCUGAAAAUCCACCUCCAUCAGAAUGGUUAGAAGAUACACUUAUUGAUCUUUAUUUGUCUGGUUAUUCCAAGCCAGUAGUAACUGCUGCUGCUGAUGUAACGAUGCCCUUGGAAACAAAUGAUAUGGAUAACUUUAAGUUGUCAGUUGAAGGGAACAGUGAUACCUGUGAGCUGGAAGGCGAAUGGCUUCCAGAGAGCCAUUGUGGUGUAAAUAUUUCAAGUGGAAGUGUGUUAGAUGAAGGUGCUUCAUGUGAUGAAGAAAAUUGGCGAGCACAGUACGGUCAAGUCAUUCAAUCUGAGCAAACACCAAUGCGAGAGUUCCCAGUUGUGGAUUUAUGGGACUGGGCAAUGGCUACUGGCUCCAGAAAGAAUGGAAAAGGUGAGUUGUUGAGACUGGUUGGGAGAUUGGUGAGAAGGUCUGCUAAGCUUCAUCCAUCAAUGGCUUCUGGCGGCGGCCUUCUGAAAACUGCUCCAAUAUGUGAAGUCCAUCUUGAUCUGGUACGAGUCACAUCAGGUCAAGUAUAUAAGUUGCGGACACCCAAUGCGGGAUACUUAGCUUCUCUGUCAACUUAUGAUUCUUCUAACCCCACAAAAGAUUGGGGAUUCCCAGAAUUAUCAGUUGAUAGUGACUCUCUCCCCCUCUCCAAACCCAGUGGAAAGCAUGUAUCACAAACUGCAGCUGGAACAUCCAUCAGCACUGAUACGUGUCUAUUACCAGAUAAUCUUUCUGCAUCUGGAAAGCAUAAAAUCCAUGUGUACCGGGAUAGAGCUGCUGAGAGAAGAACCUUACAUGGGGGUUUCGGAGUGGGUCCUGGACAAAAGAGUUCAAUUCCUGGUGAAUAUGGUCUGCAAUCAUCACCUGUGUCUGCCAGUACAGAAGACGCUGCAGCUGAGGCCUUGAAUAUGUCAUUUGGAGUCGGUAGUUAUGCCAGAAAACUCCUAGAAAACAUGGGCUGGAAGGAGGGUCUUGGCAACACCACAAAGGGACUGGUGGAUCCAAUACAAGUGGUCGGAAAUGUUGGUAAUGCUGGAUUGGGGUGGCCUCAUGGAGUAGCAAAGCAACACAUGAGAUAACUGGAAACGUCCCGCAAAUACCCACAAACCCGAGGGUUUCUUCCAAAAAUAUGUUGUCACAAGCAUGUGAGUAUUACGUUCUAUUUAUAGUGGUAAUGAUUUGUUCUCAUUUGCCAAAAUGU